GAAUGAAUAUUAGUGUGGAAAACGCGUGUUAAAGUGUUACUGUACUUAAAACUAGUGUUUACAGUACUGAUAGUCUUUUACGAGGUACCUUCUUGGAAGAAAGGAAGAAAAAUUGUAGACGUGUGUUUACAAUGUUCUUUUUAAAAAAAGAUAUGCAUUUUUCGUUUUCCUACACCCCACUCUCAUACUUUCUUCUCUCCGAUUGCAUUCAAACGCAUUACCUGAUGCACUGAUCUGAUUCCUUUUUCUUUCUCUGAUCAAUUCACUCCUUUCUUAAUCUUCUGUUUAUAGAUCCCAUGAUGUCUUUCUUGAACAAUGAAGGAGCCUCUUCUUCUUUUUCUUCCACUCGCUGAUGGAACUAUGAUGUUUUCUUGAGUUUUAGAGGUGAAGAUACCCGCGAAGGUUUUACCAGUCAUUUAUAUAAGGCUUUGUGUGACAAAGGCUGUUAUACCUUCAUCGAUGAUAAACUUCGGAGGGGAGAAGAGAUUUCGGAAGAACUUAUACAAGCCAUAAAAAAUUCAUCGAUUUUGGUUAUUGUCUUCUCUGAAAACUAUGCAAAGUCCAAAUGGUGCUUGGAUGAACUUGCUGAGAUUGUUGACUGUAGAGAAAAGGACCAAGAGGUUCAAAUUCGUCCAGUUUUUUACAAUGUUGAUCCAUCAGAAAUACGAAAUCAAAAGGGAAACUUUGGAAUGGCACUGGCUAACCAUGAAAUGAAGUUCAAGAAUAACAUGGAUAAGGUGCAGAGGUGGAGGGAUGCUCUAAGAAAAGUAGCUAAUGCAUCUGGAUGGCAUUACAAGAAAGGUUGCUCUACAUAUAAAUCUGAAUCUCACUUCAUUCAAAACAUUGUUGAAGAGAUAUCAAUUGCUAUAUUAAAUUGGACGCCGUUAUAUGUUGCUGAAUACCCUGUUGGAAUAAAUUCUCGUGCAGAGGCCAUAGAGUCACUUUUAGAUAUUGGGUUAGAUGAAUUUUGCAUGGUAGGGAUUCAUGGCCUUCCCGGAGUAGGAAAGACUACAAUUGCAAAAGCUGUUUAUAAUAAAAUCUCUAAACAAUUUGAUGGAAGCAGCUUUUUAAUGAAUGUCAGAGAAAAUUUGGGGACAUAUGCUGGCAUAAUCACACUACUAGAGCAACUUCUUAAUGACAUCUUAGUGGAUGAAAAUUGGAGAGUGGGCAACAAAUUUAGAGGAAUCAGUUUAAUAGAAAAUAGACUUCGCUGUAAAAAGGUUUUUUUAAUUCUUGAUGAUGUCGAUGAUUCGACAAGAAUAGAGAAUUUGCUUGGAAAAUGUAAUUGGUUUGCUCCCGGAAGUAGAGUCAUUUUAACAUUAAGAGAUAGAUGCUUGUUAGCUGCCCUUAAAGAAAAACUUUGUACAACUUACAAGGUCAAGGAAUUCGAGGUCGAGCAAUUAAACGAACAUGAAGCUCUUCAACUCUUCAAAGGCCAUGCCUUUUCGGGAAACAAACUUUAUGAUGAAGAUUAUUCUAAACUUGCAACUAAAUUCAUAGAUUUUGCCAAUGGCCUUCCACUAGCUCUAGAAAUAAUAGCUCGUGAUUUGUGUGGAAAAGCUAAAGAUGAAUGGGAAAGUGCAUUAGAUAUUUAUAACAAAAUCCCUAAUGAAGACAUUCAAAAAAUACUUAGAGUAAGUUACGAUGGAUUGCAUGAAACCGAGAAAAAUAUUUUUCUCGAUAUUGCAUGUUUCUUCAAAGGAUGGAACAAAGAUUAUGUUGUAAAGAUAUUAGAUGCUUGUGGAUUAUGUCCUGGCUUUGGUAUUCCGAGACUUGUUAAUAAAUGUCUCAUAACUAUUGACAAAUUUGGUAGAUUGUCAAUGCAUGACUUGAUUCAACAAAUGGGCAAGGAAGUUGUUCGACAAGAAGCACCAGACAUUCUCAGAAAACGUAGCAGGUUAUGUUGUUAUAAGGAUUCACUUAAAGUACUAACUACAUAUAAGGGUUCAAAACACAUUCGGGGUAUAAUGUUACAUUCGCCUCAACAAGUAAAGGUGCAACUACACACUGAAGCUUUCAGAAAGAUGGAAAAUCUCAAAUUUCUAAUAGUUGAGAAUGUACAUAUAUGUAAACCACUUGAAUUUCUUCCCAACAAUUUAAUACUUCUUAAGUGGCCCUAUUAUCCUUUUGAUUGGCCAUUAGAAUAUUUUCCUAAACAACUUGUUGCUAUUGAGAUGCCACACAGUCGCAUCAGAUUGCCAAAGCUAAUCAAGCAGGAGUACCGGUUAGAAAAUUUGACAAACGUCAAUUUUGAAGAUUGUGAAUUUAUUAGGAUUUUACCUAAAUUAUGGGCCCCAAAUUUAGAGUAUUUGAACCUCUCUUAUUGUAAAAAUUUAGUUAAAUUACCUAAAUUAUGGGCCCCAAAAUUAGAGGAUUUGAACCUCUCUUAUUGUGAAAAUUUAGUUGAGAUUGAUGAAUGCUUUGGAUAUCUUGAAAAGCUUAGAAUAUGGUAUCUCAGUGGUUGCAUAAAACUUCAAUUUCUUCCGAGCCAACUCAGGUUGAAAUCUCUUAUUGCUUUUUAUCUUACUGGCUGCUCAAGGCUUGAGAAGCUCCCUGAUUUUCAUCAAGAAAUGGAAUGUUUAGUGGGUUUAUAUUUAAGUGGGAGUGGUAUUAGAGAGGUGCCUUCAUCAAUCGAGCAUCUCACUAAGCUUAAAAAAUUAAUCAUUUAUAAUUGCAAAAACCUUCGGGAUCUUCCAGAUAGCAUUUGUAAAUUGCAACGGCUUUGGGAAUUGUCGACUUCUACUACCAAAUUGAGACCGACGUGCAAUUCUUUUGACAGCUCUUCCGAGGGCUAUGAAUUAGAUCUUUUGAUGAUGCCUGAUUACUUCCCCGCAUUGAUAAGUUUAGAUCUAUCUGAAGCCAAUAUUGUUACCAUCCCUAAAAGCAUUAGCAGAUUUCCCAAAUUAGAGUACCUUUCUAUUGCGAAUUGCAAGCUUCUUCGUGAAAUUCAAGGACUUCCACAAUGGACAAGGGUGAACAAUUGCAUGUUGUUGGAUUCUCAAUCAGCCAGCGGGCUAUUGAACCAGGUAAUAGAAAUUAUUGGGAUUUUACCAAAUAGAGUAUGUGGUAGUGCAAGAAGCACCAAUUACUUCCCAUCUGAAUCUGAAGGUGGGGACAUAUCAAUGGAUCGGCAGUUCUCCAAUCAUUCCCCAUCUGAAAUUGAGGGCGUUGAAUAUGAAAAUGGAAAGCGUACUAUUAUUUUUUGGAAAACUGAGAUGCCAAAAUGGUUUAAUCAUCAAAGUGUUGAAAAUUCCAUAAUUUUCUGGGUUGGUCGCAAAUUUCCAAAAUUGGCUGUCGGUAUUGCUUUUGGACCACUGGGCUUUGAUGGCUAUGUUUACAUUUCCAUCAAUAGUUAUAAAAGACGUGGAUAUGCGUAUAUUAGAGAGAAUAGAGAUAAUUGUAAUCUACGGUUAUAUUCUCCACCUCAACAGUCUCUGCAGAAGCAUUUGAAUAAAUCAAAUCCAACUGACCAGAAUCAUGUUGAGGUUACAUAUAUAAGCCUAAACCCACGUAUGGUUGGCGGUGCGAGUGCGAAUCGUAUAAAAAGGUGGGGGGUCCACGUAGAAUGCAUCUGUCCUCCUCAAGAAUCUGCUAUACCUAACUUGCCCCUUCUAACUGCCGGAUACGAUAAUGAUGAUGAUGUUGAUUACUGGCGUGAGUUGCCAUUUUAUGUAUCUGAUGAUAAUGAAGAAUAUCAGUCUCCUCUGGUUCAUGAUGACACAUCUAUGUCGUGCAUGAGUUGGCUAGUUGGGCCCACCACCAAGCUUUUUAAGCUAUUUUGCUUUUGCUGCACCAGAGAUUUUUCUUGAAAGGGUUACUGAACUGAGGCCCUUAGGCCUUGGUUGAGUUUUGUUUGUUUUACACUUCAAUGGCCCAAGACUUUGUAAACUUCAGUCUCUAUUCAUCGUGGUUUCUGUCUGUUUUCCUCUUGCAUUUGAUGACAAGUUGAUUGGGAUGGUUGCAGUUGAAGUCACUGGUUGGCCCCGGAUUUCCUUCUGCCUUGGAUAAGAAGACUGAGGUGAAGAAGGAAGAAAUUCCGGGUAGAGGCUUAGUAGAUUUGGUAUUCUCUUGGUCUCUCAAGGAUGUUCUCAAUGAAGAUCUUUACAAAUACCAGAUGAGAAAGAUCCCACAGUCAUUCUCCUCGACGAAAGAGUACAUGGCCUCAUUCUGUGAUCCACUUGCUGAAGAAACACAUGCUGACUUGUUGUCAGGCAUGUCAACUCUAUCUCAAGCACCUACACGUGAAAUAUUUUUUGUCAAAAAAUUUGUGAAAUGGAAAACACCCAAAGACCUCUUUUACCAUGUUACACUUGAAAGUGUGAGGAAAUUCAAGGAUCGUGGUGGGAGAUAUGAACCUGUGGCUCGGGACCUCAUUGCCAUAACAGAUGUGAGA